ACGUGACAGUGAGUGUGUAUGUUGAAAUGUCCGUAUAAACGCCUGUGUCUGAUAGUGGUAUUGAGCAUUUGGUGAAAAUGCAUCCCUGUGCAAAAGAAAGGUGAUCUAUUUUAAUAUGGUGGAAUGCUAUGCGAUUAUUAUAUUACUACUGACGUCGUCGGUAGAUGGGAUACAACGCCGUGACUGGCUUCAACGUGAACAUCAUGGAGGUAGCGGACAGGAACAUAACAAUGACAAACCAGAUUCAGUUGAAUCUGAAGGGCAGAAGUAUUUUUUAACAAUAGAAAAUGACAGUCCUGUCAUCCUUGGUGCCAAUGUAACGUUCUUUGCAAAGAUUUCAUUGGAUAGAAGUAACCAUGGAUACAGAGAAGAUGAUCCUCAGUUUAGUUACUGGUGGAGAGACGACACAGGAACAUAUGCAGUUUAUACUGGAGGUUUACAGACAAAUUUUAGUAGAAAGUACGAGAAGAGUAGCGUUUUGGGCAAGACUCACGAUAUGCGGGUACAAGUUCGCGAGAAAUCUUUUAUUGAUAUGUCUGGACAAGUUUUAAAUGGGAAAAGUCCAUUCACUAUUACAGAAUAUAUCAAUGGCGAUAUGAAGCUCAUCCAGCCCAACUCAACGCUGCACAAAAAAUGGACGUAUGCCACCAAUAACAGUAUUGAGUAUAUAGUCAAUAUUUAUGAUCCGAGUCACUAUUUUGACGAUGCUUCAAUGCUAUUUUCGUGGGAGUUUGGCGAUAAUAAUACCAAGGUUACAGAAGAGCCUAGAGUUUCACAUACUUAUUCAAAGCCGGCUUUCUAUCCUGUGGUCGUUGUCAUAACAGCAGACUUACCUGCCACAAAACACUCUAUAUGGGAAACAAUUAAGACUGGAAAGUUUAGCCAAACUAUUAACUUAUUGGAUUCUGUUUACAAUGUGUCCAUCUUAGGCGUCCAUAACACUAUAGUGAAUCAUCAGAAUAACUACACAGUGUUAUGUAAUGGAAGUUUACCAAUCAAUCUGUGUUGGUAUUUCUCAACUGAUAACUGUGAAAUAUCUGUGAAUGAGUCCGAACCAGUUAUCUGUCAAAAAAUAACUGAAAAGUGUGAAUUUCAUUUGGUGAACCACUACAACUCAACUGGAAGCCAUUGUUUGCGUGUCCUAGCAACCAAUGAUGUCAGCAGCAACAUUACUGCCCUUUUUGAAGUCAGUGUCAAGGAAGAGCCUAAACCACCAGAUCCUGCAGUAACUGCUUCAGUGUCGACUUUUGCUGGAUUAACUACAGUUGGUGCAAUCGUUGUCGUCCUCUUUGCCUCAUACCAGGUUGUGAGGGCUCGCAGAAUGAGACAUGUGGAAGUAGCCGACUUUGACUUUAUGGGAAGCAUCUCAAAUAAACGGUCCCCCUCUACGUCACCGGUAUCAUCAUCAUCAUCAUCAUCAUCAUCAUCAUCUUCAUCUCCAUCAUGGUUUCCAUUCUGGGCAAAGAAAAAAGAGAGAAGUCCGCUGAUUAAUGAGUACAAAACAACUGCAGCAAAAUACGAGUCAUUCUUGGAAAUACUUUGAGCAUCUUUGUAAUAAAAAAAUGUAUGUUUCUCA